ACCCACCCACCUUCUUCUUCUUCUUUCCCCCCCUACUCCUCAAAUGGACCAUUUCGCCCUCCAAACCCUCUCUCGAUGUCCGCCGACGCCGCCGUUUCUUCUUCCCCUCCGCCCGCCGCCGUUUCCCUCUCAACCAACAUCGCCACCAUCGGCCUCGGCUACGCCAUUGCCAUCGCCUUCGGCUUCCUCGUCCUCUUCUCCACCGUCCUCCUAGCCUCCUACAUCUGCUGCCGCUCCGCCGCCGUCCGCCGCCGCCGCCUCGAUGUCGAGGCCGACCACCGCAACCCCAUCCCCAACAACAACGGGGUGUACCUCCCCCGCAUAAUCUUCUCGGCCGAAGAAGAGGACGACGACGGCGCUUCCGAGCACGGCGGCUCCGUCGGCCUCGACCCAGCGGUGAUCAACUCCUACCCCAAACUGGUCUAUUCUAAGAGGAGCGGGAUUCCCGGAAGCGACUCCACUUGCUCCAUAUGCCUGUGUGAGUACAAGGAUUCGGAGAUGCUGAGGAUGUUGCCUGAUUGCAGGCAUUACUUCCACGUCACCUGCGUCGAUGCCUGGCUGAAGCUCAACGCCUCCUGCCCCGUCUGCCGGAGUUCGCCCUUGCCGACGCCGCUGUCCACUCCGCUAUCGGAGGUGGUCCCCCUCUCUCAGUAUUCCGGUGGACGGCGGAGGCAAUGAUCAUUAUUUUUCUUACUAGUGUUGCACGGAUUUUUAUUAUUAUUACUCCGUAUUUACUAACUCCCUCUUACAAUUCAAAUCUCAUUUUCAUUUUGGAUUUUUUUAAAGUCAAAUUGUAACAUUUUUUUUAUUUUUCCAAAAUUAAAGUCUAAUGUUAACUUUUUUUUGCAAUCUAUAAUAAAAGAAGGGUUACAAU